AUGGCAACUUCACGAGGUCAUCCACCAAAGCCUGGCAAGAGUGUUGGUCAGGAGUUUGUUGAUCAUCGACUCCUCAGUCGAAUAGGACAUUAUCCUGAUUCAAAAGAUUUGCCAAGACAGUUGGACAUGGUGGCAUACUUCCAGGACGAGCCUCCUUGUCAGAAAACUCACUGCACUAAUGUGGCGGUUGAGCAGUACAACGCACAACAGCAGAGUGAUGAUAAGAAGAUAAUGCGUGCAGUUGGAGUUGACAGCAACAUGUUUAUCUUGGACCAGAAUGACCCGGUGAGCUACUGGCAUGUGUACUUUAAAGCUUAUGUAGGGAGAAACCGGUACAGGUGUUUUGCUGAGUUGAGUGGGGAAAAAGGACCCGAAUUGCUCAGAUAUUGCACCGCCGUGAAUAAAGCUUCUGUUGUGUUGUGCAAGUACUGCUUUGGAGGAAUAUAUCACCCUCCCGGAGUAGAUUUCACGGGUUCACCACGUCUUCCACCUCCAAAUGUAUAG